GGUAACCCACCCACCCACCCACACACACCCCCUUCGGGUCUCUUGCCCCACCGGUGCCAUGCGCUUCUCUUCGCUCCUGUCGCUCCUGCGUCCCGUGGGGCCUGUGGUGGUUGGGGUGUCCCUUGGUUUCACCCUUAGCCUGUUGAGUGUGACCUGGGUGGAGGAGCCGUGUGGGCCCGGCCAUGGCAGCUUCCGCGAAGGGGGCCUGGAGCAGCAUCAGCAUCAAGGAGGGCAAGGCAACGCCGCCCGCAAACCCAAUUCCGUCUCCGGGGGGCUAGGCACCGAGCCCGAGCAGAGCUUUGAGCCCCGCGUUCUGCCCUACAAGCCUCUGAACCCAGGGAAAGCGACCAAAAAAACCAUCAGGACCCGAUAUAUCAGCACAGAGCUGGGCAUGCGGCAGCGUCUCUUUGUGGGUGUGCUGACCUCAAAGAACACGUUGAACUCCCUGGCCGUGGCAGUGAAUCGUACGCUAGGCCACCGGCUGGAGCGCCUGAUCUACUUCACAGGCACCCGGGGGCGCAAGGUGCCCCAUGGCAUGACGGUGGUGACGCACGGAGAUGAGAGGCCCAUAUGGAACAUGUACCAGACUGUCAAAUACGUGAUAGACCACUACCUGUCUGACUUCGAUUGGGUGUUCCUGGUGCAGGAUGAUACUUACGUCGAAGCCCAUCGGGUGAACCACUUGGCCUCUCACCUCAGCAUUGACACUCUGCUCUACAUGGGCCGACCUGAGGAGUUCAUUGGCGGGGACACUCAGGGACACUACUGCUACGGCGGCUUUGGUUACCUGCUUUCUCGAGCUUUGCUCCUGCGUUUGCAGCCUCACUUGGAAAGUUGCCGGAAUGAUAUCUUGAGCGCACGCCCUGAUGAGUGGCUGGGCCGCUGUAUCAUCGACUACACGGGAGUAGACUGCGUGUCGGAGCAAGAGGGUUUACGCUACCAUUACUUUGAGCUUGGGAAGAACACAGACCCUGAAAAGGAGAGUGAUCCACAAUUCAAUGCUGCAUUCACUGUUCACCCAGUGCUGGACCCUCUCCAGAUGUAUCGGCUGCACAGACAUUUUGCUCGUGUAGAGCUGGAGCACACUUACCAAGAGAUCCAGCAGCUACAGCUGGAGAUCCAGAAUACCAGCAGCCUUUCUGCAGAUGGGGAGCUGAGUAGCACGUGGCCUAUAGGCAUUCCUCCACCUUUCCAGCCAAAGACCCGUUUUGAGGUGCUUCACUGGGAUUAUUUCACCGAAGAGGCGGCUUUUUCCUGUGUGGAUGGGGCUCCCAAGUGUGAGCUCCAAGGGGCAGACGCAGCUGAUGUAGCUGACGUGGUUGCCGCGGCCGUGGAAGAGCUGAACCGCCGAUACCAGCCGGUGCUACAUGUGCGCAAGCAGCAGCUACUAAACGGCUACCGUCGUUUCGAUCCUACCCGGGGCAUGGAGUACACCUUGGAUCUGCAGUUGGAGGUUGUGACCCAGAAGGGGCACAGCCGUUCCUUGGUCAAACGUGUGCAUCUCCUGCGCCCUCUUAGUGAGGUAGAGAUUAUCCCCAUGCCCUAUGUAACAGAAGCCAGCCGGGUCAAUGUCAUCUUGCCCCUGACAGCCUCAGAAAAAGACUACGCUGCCCAUUUCCUUGACGUUUACGCUGCAGCAGCCUUUGAGAACUCCGAGAAUGCCGUGUUGACCUUCCUCUUCAUCUAUGAUCCUUUCGAAGCCCAGAAGGUGGCUCAGAAUGAUGUUUUUGGGGCGGUGAAAGCACACAUCACAGAGUACGAGCGGCGCCACCCUCAGGUGAAGAUUCCUUGGAUUAGUGUAAAGACGGACGUGCCCUCCCAGAUUAAGGUGAUGGACAUCAUCUCAAAGAAGCAUCCUGUAGACACGCUCUUCUUCGUGGCUGGAGUGAGCACUGAAGUCACCACUGAGUUCCUUAACCGAUGCCGCAUGAACACCAUCAACAGCUGGCAGGUCUUCUUCCCCAUCCAUUUCCAGGGCUACAACCCCACAAUUGCUUUCCACAACCAGCCUCCCCCGCUUUCUGGCUUAGACCUAGUGCGCGACGCUGGCCAUUUUGAUCGCGAGGUUUUCAAUGAAGCUUGCUUUUACAAUGCUGACUAUAUGGCGGCACGCACCCGGAUGGCAGCCGAUGCCCAGGACAACGAGGAUCUCCUGGAGACCAUGGACAUCUACGACCUUUUCGUCAAAUACUCCAAUCUGCAUGUCUUCCGUGCGGUCGAGCCUGCCCUCCUGCAGCCCUUCAGGCCCCAGAUCUGCAAUCCCCGGCUGAGCGAGGAGCAGUAUCACCGUUGCGUGCAGAGCAGCUUGGAGGGCCUGGGCUCCCGGUCCCAACUGGCCAUGGUGCUCUUCGAGCAGGAGCAGGGCAACAGUACAUGAGGCCAAGCUCUCCCCUGCCUCUCUCAGCCCAUCCGCUUCCCUACGUUCACUUCCUGACAUGGCAGAGGAGAGCUGAAGAUGACUGCUUAGGCUCUGAACCUCGGGUGUCCUGGCUGGCUUUACAGAUGGCACUGGGGAUGGUGGAAGAGAAUGGAAAUGGGCGGCGUCCAAUCCCACUCCGGGGCUGUCUUGCUCUGUUUGUUGAGGAGAAGCUCGACCUCUCUCUCAGGCGACAAGGGCUGGCAGGCAGGAUGGCUCGGGGCCCAGUUCCUGCCUGGUGGCUGCCAAGACAGCUAGGAGGGUUCUCAGAAACAUCAGCAAAGAUGGGGUGGUGUUGAUGUGGAGAGGAGGCUGGGUGUCUGGUUUGUGGGACCACUGGGGGACGCAGUGCUAACCAGCCCCUAAGGAUUGCUCGGUUUGGGGAGCAACUAAAUCAGUCUUCUGGACUUUGGUUUGCAGCUGCUCAUUAAGUGGGUGGGAGGGCUAAGGGAUCCCUGUUGUAUUCUAUUUGUCCUGUGACACUCUUCAUGGAAACCGUGACUCGGGCUGCUUUAGCCGCUGCUUAGGAUCAAAGGGGAAAGGGAAUGAUUGCAGCUCUUGCAAGGAGAGCUCAACUGCCCCUUAGGUCAGGCUGGUUCUGGCUCUGAGGGGUCAAGCCCCAUUUCUGCCCUGGCCUGCUGCCAUUUUGUUUUCUGCUGCUGUCUGCAGUUUUGUGUAGGUCUCGCAGCCUGAUGCCCUUGCCCAGAACUCAGAGGGCCAUGUGUUGGCCAGCCUGGCAUUGGAUCAAGGAGCUGGCAAGCCCAGAAUGGAGGGAAGAGAUGGAGUUUGGCUCUCCAGUGGGAUUAUAUUUAACGUGACUUCAGCGAUUAAAGAAAAACCCUUACAUUUUAAUAAACUGGAGUGAAAAGCAAGGUGCGUGUUGAUAAUUUUUCUGUUAUGGCUCUGUAUAUGGCAGAGAGAGAUUGUGGAGCAGAUGGGGACUAUUUAUACAAUGGAACUUCUGGGAAAUCAGUGUGCACUCCCUAAAACUGGAGAAGAGCAGCUGGAUCUUUUAAAUGAAAGAGUCCGAAAAGAACAGCUGUGGAAUUAGCAUCUUAGGUUUUACUAUAUGUCUAAAACUACGGAAAAACGGAUAAAACUAACUGCUGCCUAUAAAUCGCAGUCAGCCUUUGGCUAUGCUGCUUCAAUUUUAUAGAAUAUUCUCCAAGCCUAUUAUUUCCUGUUGGAGAAUAGUUAUCGAUAAGAGUCUUUGUAGUCAGUGGGAAAACUAAAAAUGGAUUUGGAAGCUCAGUUGAAAUGGGAAGACGAGUCCACAAAAGAACCUGUGGAAUGGAAAGAUAUGAAGGACUGGGUAGAGGAUAGAUGAAGACACCGAAGCUGAAGGAAGAAGAGAGGAAAGUGUAGGGCAGGGCUCCCCAACUCCCGGGCUGUGGCCAACUACCAGGCUGUGGCCUAUUUGGAAUUGGGCUGCGUGAGUGACUGGUUGGAGUGCGUGCGUGCACUCAACUCAAUUUCUGCAAGUGACAGGCCAGUGGCCACUCAUGCACAUUUGCGCUUGCUUGGCACUCGUGCAAGUUGAGCUGUGUGCAUAUGCGCCAGCCUGCCAUUCGUGCAAGGGCUGAGUGUGCGUGUGUACCGGCCUUUUACUUGCAUGGCUCAGUUCCCCUCUCCCCCUCCCCACUUCAGCCAUGCUGGUAAGCUGCAAAGGCUGGGGACCGCUGGUGUAGGGGAUUUCCAGGCCCCACCUUCAGACAUGCUGCAGUGGAACACCCGGGAAUCUCAGGAGGCGUUCAAAACAUCCCUGCGUUGCCCAACAUGAAAGCGUUAUGUCAGUUUAGAAGCGCCACUCCUGUAAGCUUCCCUCAUCAUACACAUUUCAUAGAAAUGCAUGACACUUUCUUUGAAUUUGGGGAACACGUGCACAAUAUUGAGGUUCAAAAAGGGAGAUUACAUUUUUCAUAGCCUCUUUUGGGUGCUGCUGUGGCUUUCCUGCUGUAAAUGUCUUGUUCCAAGAUUCUUUAACACGGUGUUUUAAAGCUAUACAUAAUCUAGGUUAAUUGUCGAGAGCUUGCAUCCAUAUAUAUGGGGAAUUAAACAAGAUCAUUGAUCAGGGCGCAGAAUAUCUUAAACUCGGGGCUGGAGAUAGAAUGGAACCAGUGCUAUUCAGUGCUGUAGUGUAGAAGUCACAAAAUUAGAUUUUCUUGGAACAAUUUUGUGGUGUUGGAAGGAAAGCUGCAGCUCACCCAUAUGACCACAGAUGCUCUGAAUACGUUUAAGAACCUGCAUUGCCAGCAAGAACAAGUUGCAUAGGAUAUAUGAGAAUAAACUCUCCUUUUUACCUGGCUUGCCUCUUGAUGUCUUCGUAGAGACAUCCCUGUCAUUUUUACACCAAAUAGUAAUGGAAUAGUUUGCCACUGUCUUCUCCCAGGAUGACUUUUAAAGAAAAAUACCAAUCUAUCUUAUAGUUUUGAUAUUUUCUGGUGGUCUCUUUUGCAAAUACCAAGCAAGUCGAAUCCAAGUUCUCUUUCUGGGAUUGACCAAGGCUGACCAGUUUAAUGAAGCCAAAGUGACCUCUAGUUUUCAAUUGUUUGCUUUCAAGUGGAAUGUAUCUGUGUAUAUCUUGCAUCAAAUUCAGAAACAAGUGGGAGGCCAGAGUUGAUGGGAGUCAUUGGGACACAAUUUGAACAUUUUUCAUUUAUAGGCAAGAUUGGUUAAUAGGUCAGUACCCUAUUUGUUAACAAUCUUGACAACAUUUUGGAGAGCUCAUUAUAAUAAACAUUUCUUUCACAUUUACUGUUCAAUGUUUGUUAAUAUAGGGAAAUGAAAGGGCGUCCUGUCACCCAAAUAAAGAGAGGGAUUUAAAAUG